CUCUCAGGUGCUCAACACGGUCAUGCGGCCGAUGUGCGGAUUUAUUGGAGACUAAUAUGUUCGUAGGGAAUUAUAACUUAUGUAGCCAGUUCGUGGAACAUUUGUAUACACAGAAAGUUUGUUUGCAAGGUAUGGAAUACUAGACUUUCAAUGUUGAUUCUUAGCCUAACGGCCAGCAUUCAGCAAGACGUUUCAUACGAUCAGAAUAAUGAUAAUGAUUAGAAAAAAGAUUAAGUAACCUUACACAGGACAUUAUACAUUUACUCCAUCUGCAGUCGAAGAUUGUGAAUUAAUCUGGAGCCUUCGCGUAACGGCAAUGUACACUGUGGACCAGCGUGCGCUCUCACUUGAGGACUGCCUUGCACCAUCGCUUUACCGUUAAAAUGCUCAGAAAAUGCCAAUUUAGGCACUAGCCAAGAAUCAAAAUAAUUCGACAAUUUAUGUUAGAUAGCCUACUACAUCUGUAGCCUGACAAUCUCGAUUGAAGAGAUGCAUAAAGCUCAAUUGAUGCCCAACGAACAAUACAAACGCAGAGGAGUUUUCACUAAAAACAAGUUUUGAAGAAAAAGAGAGAAUUCCGCAUACCUGUGUUAUCCAGAGCAUGGAUUAAGCUACCAUCUGGAUCUCUACUAUUGAACCCAUCUCGAUGGGCUGUAAUGCAGUCUAUAAACUGUAAAUGGGCAGUGAGAAUGGAAGAAAGAUAUCUAGAUAAUUGCUGCGAGCUGUGCGCCCUAUCCAAUUUCACCCAAGCCCUCAUAAGACUAAUGUGAAACUAGCUUUAAUGAAUAAAACCCAGGAUGUUUUCUGACCAGGCAGACCUGAACUACAGUUUCAACGUGAGCGAAGACCUGUUCACGUUCCUGGACCGAGAUUCGAGCAACUCCACGGAGGCAAAGCUCUCCAGAGCUGGCUUCAUAGUCCUCUCUGUGUUCCUGGGUUUAAUCAUGACUUUCGGAUUCCUCAACAACUUCGUUGUCCUCAUGCUCUUCUGCCGAUUCAAGACUCUGCGAACGCCUGUCAACAUGCUCUUAUUGAACAUCAGUGUUAGCGACAUGCUAGUGUGCUUGUUCGGCACCACGCUGAGCUUCGCGUCCAGCAUCCACGGGAAGUGGUUCCUAGGCACCCACGGGUGCAACUGGUACGGCUUCAUCAACUCCUGUUUCGGGCUAAGGGAUCACUUCUACAUUUCAUUUAGCUCUGUUACACCCAACGUGUGAGAAGUACAGAGAUGGAAAAUGGAUUCUGCGUGUAUUUUGUGUUGGUUUUUCAGUGUGUGUGCUACUUCAUGGUGUUUAUCAGCUGUCAGAGUGACAGGAUGUAUAUUAUUUAAAUGAAUUCCCUUCUCACCUUCGCACACCUUCGGAAUAAAUUGUUGUCUGCCCACACUACUCAGAUGAAUGUCUCAAGAAAGAGA